CUAAUGAGCUCUCUCUCACUGUGCCAAGGUUGAACCUAAAAAUGUCUGCUGCAUCUAAGUAGUUGUAGUAAGAUUAGCUUUUUCAAUAGGUACAAUAGUAGUUAGUAUAUGCCAACUAAGUAGAGCAUUGUGAUUGGCCUUUUAAAUUCAAGCUUAUUGUUUAGUGGUGGACUUGUCUUCUGUACACAGGUUUUUCAGAUCUGGGCAGUUGGAGUCAGUUGAUGACUUUAAAAUCAUCUUUUCUCACUGGAUAAUUAAAGCUCACAGCAUCUACCUGUCUCUAGUUGAUUUUCCCACAUUUUAACUAACGUUUAACUAAUCUAAUCUCAUUUAAUGUCUCUGUUUAUAGUCUAGUUUAUCUCCCCACUAACACACUUAAAGUAGUCUUAAAAUAAAACCCACAAAACAGUUCAAGAUGAAAUACUUUUUAUUUGCUCAUGUAAUGCCAGUUGCCCUAUUUUUCUGUAUGUCACUCAUUCGCUUAUACUCGGGCAAAAAGUACCAAUUUGUACACUGAUGAGUCUAGUGUAUUUUUUCCCUCUAUCUCUCUAUGUCUCACACACACAGACCAACACACAGACAUGUAUAUGCUCAUUAUUGCUGUUCAAACUGAUGGUCAAAUUUCCAAGCACCACCUGAACGCCUCAUCAGUUUUUAACCCAUCACUGGACCAACUGUCGUCAUUCCGCUUUGCUCUUUGCUGUGGAACUUGACUGACCCCUGUGCUUUGCCUGUGUGCAGAAGAAGAACAAGGACCAGAUCUCCAGUCUUCUCUCUCACAUCCCAACCCCCCAACCCCUCUAUCCUCUGUCCUACUCCACCUGUUGUCUCUGCCUUCUUUCCAUCUGUAUUUCACCCUGUGGUUUGUGAGAAAUUUUGCCAAACCAAGAAUCUUAUUGCGGUUUGAUUUCAAAGCCGUGUCUCUCCUGCUCUGCCUGUUCUCUCUGCUAAAUUUUCUCUCUACCUGUUUUUCACUCUUUGGCUUGCUGCUGAGAAAUGCACAAGCCAAUAAAGCAAUAAAGAGUGCAUAUUUUGCCUCAACCUAUGAACAAACUGAACAAACAAAGAAAACUCUACGGUUUGAUUUCCAAGCCGUGUCUUUCCUGCUCUGCCUGUUCUCUCUGCUAAAUUUUCUCUCUACCUGUUUUUCACUCUUGGCUUGCUGCUGAAAAAUGCCAAGCCAUUAAAGCAAUAAAGAGUGCAUAUAUUGCCUCUACCUGAGAACAAACUGAACAAACAAAGAAAACUCUAAUUCACGGUUUGAUUGUGAUUUCCCAGCCGUGUCUCUCCUGUUCUGUCUGUUCUCUCUUCUAAAUUUUCUCUCUACCUGUUUUUCAUUCUGGGCUUGCUUCUAAGUUGUGCCAAGCCAAUAAAGAGAGUGCAUAAUAUUCUCUCGACUGAAGAACAAACUGUGAAAAGAAGAGACAACUGUUUCAGAAAAAUAAAAACUGAAAUAUAAAAACAAAGACAACAUCUCCUGGUGUGUACCACUCUUAUUUUGUGAACAUAUUUUCUAAAGACUAAGAAACACAGGUGUGUGAAAAUGCCAAAGAAGCAGAAAAAGUCACAAGCUGCAAAACAACACUGGAAGAAGUUCCAUGAGUUUCACAGUGUACCAAUAUGUGAACAAGCUGAGUUUGAUUUUCCUCAGAGCUCUGCAGAAGACAGUGUGUCUACAAAGACCAAUGCUGACAGUGUCAAACAGGCGGGUCAACAUAUUCCUGCACAUGUACAACAGGUAUCCUAUGCUGAUGCUGUAAAGAGUGGACUGCAGCUUGAAUUUAAUGAACAACAUGAGGUGUCAAGUGCCCCACAGGUGGGUUAUGCUGAUUUUUUGAAAAGAGGCUGUCACAGUGAUGUGGCAGGACCAUCUCAUGCAGAAAGAGUGAACCUUGAAAACCAGCCCUCUGUUACAUAUGUCUGUGCAUCUCACAGCCAGGCUCAUCCUAAAUAUGGAGACUCCAGAAACAAGCAGUGCACAUGUAACUCACUCACAUUUCUUGCAUUCCUUCAUGAGAAUGAAAACAUGACUACAGCUGACCUUAAUCUGGUCUUGGAUAAAGGUGAUGUGAUGUACAAAGAGGCCAAGAAAAGAUUUCCUAAAAAUAUUCAUUUGGCAACCGAUGAGCUGCCAGAUAAAGUUGAUGCUCGCAGGUCUAUAUAUUAUGUCGAUAUGACACAGCCUUCCCGGUAUGGAACAUUUGACGAACCUUCAGAAGAAGCAGUAGAUACCUUUCUCAGCUUAGAAGCAGGACUGAGCUGCCUGUUAUCAGAUGUGCAGUAUGCCUUACUGAUUAUGAGUGGAUUGUGUAUCGCAGUGUUCAGAUCCACAUCAGGCAAAUAUGGUUUCUUUGAUCCACACUCCAGAACACCCAGUGGUCUUCCUCUACCACUACUGCCACGUAAUCAUGGUACAGCAGUGAUGCUGAAAUUCACACUCCUCAGUGACAUGAUUAAGAGGAUCCAAGAUUCUUAUGAAAUGAUGGAGAUAUCACCUUCUUGUAACUAUGAGCUGAAGCCUGUGCAGUUUUACAGUAUGAGCACAGUCAACCUGAGUGAUACUAUCACAGACACAGUCUGCAGACCAACAGCUGCCACUGCUGUGGCAUCUACUCACUCUGACACAACUGUUCAUGAAGCAAACCCCUCUACUCCAAGGAGAAACACAACCACUGAUCUUACUGAGGUCUCUCCAAUGUCUGUUUGUACACCACUGGUGAAACAACAAGAAGUCUACAUGACUGAGUUCACAUCACAUGAAGCUCAUGAGAAUGAAUUUACUAAUAUACCAACUGAAGACCAAUCCAGUCAAUUUAAUUUCCUUUUAUCAAAUGAUGCUUUUUCAUGUCAAUCAAAUGCUGCAAUAAAAAAUGGUGCUGCCUGUGAUCUUUCUGAUACAGUUUUACAAAAAAUCUGUAACAUGACAAAAGUUACUAAACACCAAAGGCGCAAAAUGAAAAGAAGAUUAAUGACAUCAGACAAACCAAGAAAUCAGAGAAAAGAAAACCAAAAAAGGAAAGAACGACAGAAGUAUGCUUCAAACAAAGAUUACCAAGAAAAGAAAAAAUCUUGCACAAGCAAGGCAUAUAAAAACAACCCUGAAGUUAAACGGAAACAACAACAGUAUAUGAAAAGACGUUACUGUGAGAAUGAUGAAUUCAGGCAGAAAAAACAACAAUAUAUUAAAAGACGUUAUUAUGACAAUGCUGAAUUUAGACACAAACAAAAAGAAUAUAUUAAGAGACAUUUUUCUGAAAAUGCUACAGUUAGACAGAAACAACAACAAUAUGUUAAAAGACGUUAUAAUGAAAAUGCUGAAUUUAGACAAAAACAAAAAAACUACAUCACUAAAAGGUAUCGAGAAAGCCCAGAAUUCAGAGAGAGACAGAGAUCUCGAGUUACUCAGCGUUAUGCACGUGACAAUGCAUUCAGACGAAGACACAAACAACUGAUGAAACAACUAAUGCGAGACAGGUAUCAAAGUAAUCUUGCAUUCAGGAUUAUGCACAACAUGAGAUGUGCCAUGAAAAUAAAAAGGAAAUACAGAUGGGUGAACAGACAAACCCAUGAGAGUGACAACAGUGUGAUCAAUGAGGCCAUAUCUAUGUUCAAAUCACAAAUCAAAGUUGGACCAUCAUACCCAUGUACUGUAUGUUUCAAGGCUUCAUUUCCAAACCAAGUGCGACCCUGUACAAGGUCAAAAUAUGUGAAAAACCCACAUGUGGUUGCAACAUGUUUGACAGGAAGGUUUGUUCAUCUUUGUGAUGAAAACUGCAGAAAUGAGCAGUGCAAUGUGCCUGAUGAGAGAAAGAGAGAGUGGAUUUGUCACACCUGCCACAAUCAUCUUAAAAAUGGAUCCAUGCCAGCACUUGCUGCUGCCAAUAAACUGGAGCUUGCUGAUAUUCCACCUGAACUGUCUGAUCUCAACAUACUGGAGAGACAUCUCAUAGCCAAAUGCAUACCAUUUGCAAAGAUCAUUCCUCUUCCCAAAGGCAGACAGAGAGCAAUUAGAGGAAAUGUGGUCUGUGUCUCAUCAGAGGUACAGGAAACUGUUGAAGCACUACCUCGAUUGAGAAUUAAUUCUCAGGUCAUGAGAGUAAAACUGAAGAGACGCUUGUCUUACAAAGGUCAUCAGCUGUUUCAGACUGUAAGCUGGUCUAAACUUGUGCAAGCACUGCAUAAACUCAAGCAGAUUCAUCCACAGUAUAAGGAUGUGAGCAUCAGAGAUGAUGCUGAGCUGUGUGAUCCAACACUUCCUGAUGAAGAUGAGGAUGAUGAUGAAAAAAUGAAUGAGGACGAUUAUGAUGAGGCUGAUUUAAUGGAAAUUGACAGCUUUCUGGACAACACAACACCUGAGUCUUCCAAUGUUUGGAUGACAUCUUUGAAUGACAAAUACAAAGCCAGACCUGAAACACCAGAGUAUGAGGAGAUGUGCAUGGCAGACUUUGCUGCUACUUGCAGGAUUGUCUAUGGCCAACAGACAAAAGACCACGAACUGAAAACGCCAUCUUUGCCAACCUAUCAGGCUUUCUAUGGUGCUGGCUGUGUACAGCUACCAGGUACUGACCGUCUUGAAUACGUGCAACACAUUGUCAAAAGAAACAGAGAGAAAUAUGAGAAAAACAGUGAGGAGAUCGAGAGCGCUGUUGAGGAAUAUGAGCAGAACAGAGAUGCAAGACUCAAACAGAUCAAAGGGAGUCGGAGACCCUUUGGAGGCAUGUCAGUCAUUGCUGUUGGAGACUUCUAUCAGCUACCCCCAGUGCGACAGUCUAAACCUCUCUGUGUGCACGACCCGUCCGAGAUCGACCUGUGGCGGGAGCAUUUUCAGAUGAUCACUCUGACUGAGAUUAUGCGUCAGAAAGAUGAUGUUGUCUUUGCUGAGAUGCUGAACAGAAUUCGUGUGAAAGGAAAGUUGGAUGAGCUUUGCGAAGCAGAUAGAAAUUUGUUGUCACAGGCCAUAACUGAACCAGCCCUUUGUCCGACUGAUGCGUUGCACAUUUUUGCAACUAAUAAAGAAGUGGAUGCACACAACUCUGCAACGCUGGCUCUGCUCAAUACUCAUAUCAUUGACAUCCAUGCAGAUGAUUAUAGAAAAGAUCCUAGAACUGGCAGAAUGGCACUUCAAGACAGACCAUUCAAAGGAGGUAAAAAUGAGUUACCAGACACACUGAAAGUUGCAGAAGGAGCUCGUGUCAUGCUCACCAGAAACACUGACAUACAAAAUGGUUUGGUUAAUGGAGCUUUUGGAAAAUUACUUCGAGUAAUUUACUCUGAAAAUGACCAACACAUCAUCAAGCUUGGACUUAAAAUGGAUAAUGAGACAUCUGGAAAGAAUAACCGCACACCAGCAGACGACAUGGUGUACAUUGAGAGAGCAGAGGAGAAUCUAAAGCAGAAAGGAGUGAGCAUUUUUGAGCCCGGCAUGGCCUACGUAGCUCUCAGUAGAGUGACGUCUCUCAGUGGACUGUAUCUUCUUGAUAUGGAGGGGAAAAAAAUAUUCACUAACCCAGAAAUCACUGCAGCACUUGAGAACAUGAGACAAGCCAACCUUGAUGACAUGAUGCCUCUUCUACACAUCUUUGACUACAGUAAGUAA